GGAUCGACAUGGUGGAGAGGCCCAACUUGGCUUGCAAAUGAUCACGUAUCGAUUCCUAUAGCUCAAGAAUUGUUCGAGACAGAAGAGAUGCCAAGCGACUGCAGCGGCGAGUUGAAAGCUUCAGACCCUUCUAAGACAACGGUUCUAAGUACGUCCGCAGAGAUUACGCACAAUCUUCCAGAAAUAAUCCAUAUUGAAAGAUACAGCUCUUACAACAAGGUGUUACGAAUAACAGCGUACGUACUUCGAUUUAUCUACAACAUUAGAAAUAGAGACGACAGAAAAACAGAAGAACUUUCAGCUAAGGAAAUGGAAACGGCAGAAAAUAUCCUUAUUCAGUCCGCACAAAUGACCAUCAACAAGGCCUACGUCAAGAAAAUAGAGCCACAACUCGAUGUAUUCAAGGAUAAGGAUGGAAUUUUGAGAUGUGGUGGUCGUCUGAAUAAUUCAAAUCUAGAUCUUCAAGCCAAGAAUCCCAUAUUACUACCUAGAGACAGCCAGUUGACCAUCCUGAUCAUCCUUCAAAGUCAUUCGAACGUCAUGCAUAACGGCGUGAAGGAGACCCUUGCAGACUUACGAUCACGAUUUUGGAUUGUCAAGGGCCGUCAGCUUGUGAAGAAGACAAUCAGACCGUGCAGAUUGUGCAUCCGUAUCCAAGGCCAGUCAUACGGAGAACCGAAAAUGAGCCAACUGCCAGAUUUUCGCGUUUACGAGGCACACGCAUUUGACGCAGUCGGCAUUGACUUUGCAGGCCCUCUGUACGUAAGAACGGAAGACAAUUCACUGAAGAAGGUGUAUAUAGCUUUAUUUACGUGUGCUACCACUAGAGCGUUACACAUUGAAGUUGUACCAGAUAUGACAACCAAUACCUUUUUAUUGUGUCUCAAGCGUUUCGUUAGUAGAAGAGGGAUUCCAAGAAUCAUCGUAACAGAUAAUGCAAAAACAUUCAAAGCGGCUUCAAAAAUACUCGUCAAGCUCUUCAAGUCAAGGGAAAUAAGUAAUUACCUUACAGAUAGAAAGAUACGAUGGAAAUUUAACCUUGCUAAGGCCCCAUGGUGGGGUGGAUUCUACGAGAGACUAAUACGCGGAAUAAAAUCAUGUCUUAAAAAGAAUUUAUCAAAGGCGAAACUCUCUUAUGAUGAGAUACAGACCAUCAUUAUACAAAUCGAAUCGGUAUUAAACUCAAGACCUCUUACAUAUCUUUAUUCAUCGGAACUCGAAGAACCGUUAACGCCCUCUCACCUUGUAAUCGGGAGAAGACUACUUAGUCUACCAGAACGGUAUUUCGAAGAAGAUAUCGACUACAACGAGACGGCAGACGUUGCAAGAAAAAGGGAACAGCAUGUUGCUCGAGUUUUUCAGCAUUACUGGCGGCGCUGGAAGAAAGAAUAUCUAAUCGAUCUUCGGGAAUAUCACAAGGUGCCAAAUAAGACUCGUGAUAGACCAAAUAUCAACAUCGGAGAUGUCGUUACGGUUCAAGAUGAAAACAUUCGAAAUCGCAUUGAAUGGAAACUUGGUCGAGUUGCAGAUUUAAUCAUAGGACGCGAUGAUGUGACCCGCGGUGCCAGAAUUCAGCUAGCUAACGGAAAUUUCAUAGAACGACCAAUUCAGAAACUGUUUCCGUUAGAACUUUCUUCAGAGCCCAAAGAAGCCUGUGCGACCAAUGAAAAAACGACAAGGUCCGAGGACAAGCAAGAAAAAACAAAGAGAAAGGCAGCAGUCAUCGCGCAAGAAAGUAUUCGAAUUAUUGACCAGCUUGAGGAAGAUAACGAACUAUGAGGAAAGCUGGUCAAGGGGGGAGUGUAAGAAAUUGCGGUGGCGCUUUGCUGCUCACGAGACGUGUCCUGGGGCUUAAGGCUGGGGUGAAACCCGUUUUUAUAGCUUUUAUAUUUUUAUGAUUUUAUGAGUUGGAAUUCUCAGUAUUGUUCGAAUGUAUGCAAGAAUACGAAGUACGUAAAACCGAAGGAAUCUCACGAAAUUGGAGAAGAUCACUCUUGAACGUUGGAACUCUCUAUGCGAAGUUGAAUUCUACCAAAGACAAAGACAAAGUGAACGUUGAAACUCUCUAUGCGAAAUUGAAUUCUACCAAAGACAAAGACAAAGUGAACGAACAGACAAGUAACACUUAUCGUAUUAUAUUUUUGUCAUAUAUAUAUAUUUAUAUAUAUAUUCAUUUUUUCCUUAUUCGAUAUUUAUAUACAGUCCUCUUAGAACAAUUUUUCGUACCUAAUCUAACUCUGCUACCCUAGGUGGAAAUACCAAAAGAAUUUCCCUACCUAGGCCUGAUAUUGAACCUAAGCAGGGAUAAUAUU